AUGGAUUCGUCGCCAGAGAUGGAUAGGUUUGGUGUUUCAGAGCAGGAUUAUGAGUAUAUGUUUGAUCCUCUCAAGCGCCGUGGUUUCACUUCCAAGAAGCAGCAGAUAUAUGGUGUUUUCGCCUCGGAUUCUGACUCCGAAACCGAAGAAAGUGGCAUGAGCUCCAUGGCCUCCAUACGCAAGCGUAAGGGUUCAAACUAUUCUGGACCCAUCACUUUUGUCAGUGGUGGAAUUAAGGAAGGUUCCAAAACUUUGGAAUCGGUGGUGAACGAAGAAGACCUGGAUGUUGGAAUCUCAGAUGAGGAAGAGGACAAGCGCUUAUUUUCUGUGGACACCCAUGCGAAGGAAAAUUCAUCAAAGCAGCAUGUUUUUGCCAAGCCUGCGUCAUUUCGGUCGCGUAAACUCACGUCUUCAUCUACCACUCAGGGUUUUGGGUCAUGGGAACGACACACCAAAGGCAUUGGGAUGAAGUUGUUGCAGAAGAUGGGUUUCAAAGCUGGUGAGGGCCUUGGUAAAGCUGGGCAGGGCAUUGUUACCCCAGUGGAGGCAGUCAAGCGUGCUGGAAAAGGUGCAGUCGGUUCAAUGGGACCCGAGGCUGCUGCUGCUCCUCGCAGAGGGAAUGAACCAGUUCCGUUGCCUCAGGAGCGCCAGAGUGAUAAUUCGGGUCUCCCCAGGUACAAGAAAAAGUCAGGUGUAAACGGCGACUCUGGCUCAGAAAAGCGCUCUCACAAAGCCAUUUAUAUGUCGGCCGACGAACUUAUUGCUAGUGUUAGCCCGGCUACACCUGCUGCAGCAAUCAAAUCGCAUGGUCCUUUUAUCCAGAACAGUGAGUUGAGCAAAGUGAAGGUGAUUGAUAUGACUCAGAGGGAGCAGCGUGUGUAUGAAGGCUAUGAGGCUGCUCUGUCCAGCUCCUCGCGCUACGGUCGACGUGUCGAUGAGGCCGAUGAUGAUGUUGUGGAUGCAGAAUCACGUAAGCGCGAGCGACGCAUUGAGGGUCACUUCUUCGAGGUUCCUGUGCUCUGCCACAAUAUUGACCUCGUCAUCAAGACCACUGAGGAUGAGAUCAGGCGUCUGGAUCGUGGUGCCCGCUAUGAGGAGGACAGGACUACUGGACUACAACAUGAAAUUGAUCGUCUGAGUCGGGUAGUGGAAAAGGCAGCUUUCGAUGUAGAUGAGCUGGCAGCAGCCCUAGAUCUCAUUAGUCAAUUCGAGUCCGCUCUGAAAAGAGGUGAUACCGGAUCGAGCCCCGAGGCAUGUUCCUCCUGGCUCACACGAAUUCGGCGGGAGUGCGCUGAUCUCUUUGAACUGCCUGCUCUCCUUGCUGCCGUGGCGCGGCCUCUUUUGGACAGCAUGCUGAUCAGUUGGAAACCUCUCGUUAUCCGAGGUCCCCUUGAUCUCACAAUCCCAUAUUUACUGUAUGAAUAUCUGUAUGUGAGUCAGCAAACUGUGAUCGAACAACCAGAACCGGAGAAUCCAAGCUAUGGCGUCUCUGCGUUGAUGGAGUGGCGCAGCGCCUUGGACGAUGCGGGCGCCUUUGAGAUCCUCUUGCGGACGAGUUGGUUACCGUCGGCGCGACGCUGCGUCACCAUGGAGUGGGACCCGCAUGACUGCGAACGCCUACUCGCUGUCUUCGAGGCCUGGCAAUCCCUCCUGCCCGAGGACCUUCUUCAACACGACCUCCUUGAUGGACUAGUGCUGCCCCGUCUUCGGACGGCAGUGGAGGCGUGGAACCCACUGACAGACACGGUGCCCAUCCACACGUGGCUGCACCCCUGGCUGCCAUGGUUCGGUGGGGCCUCUCGCCUCGCCACUGUGCAUGAGGUGGUGUUGCACAAACUAGCCCUUUGCCUCACCAACUGGCAUCCCUCUGACGCCUCCGCCAGCUCAGUUCUCCUGCCCUGGCGAAAUGUCAUCCCUAUGACCCAAAUGACCAUCUUCUUAAGUCGCAAUGUCGUGCCCAAGUUGGCUCUGAUAAAUCCUGCGGACCAGAAUAUGGAGCCCUGGAACUGGGUGAUGCGUUGGCUGGAAAUUGUCGACCCAGCAGUAAUAGCCGACCUCCUCGAGCGCUUCUUCCUGCCACGCUGGCUCCAUUGUCUCUCCGAGUGGCUCACCCAAGCUGUGGAUUCGCGCAAUCGUCACGCUCCCUCCACCGGCCAGAUUUUUAGCGAAAUCGGCGCCUGGUACUCGGGUUGGAAGGGUCAAAUCCCCCCCGAGUUGAUGGAUUAUCCAAGUAUCAAGGACGCGCUCACGAAGGCCCUCAACUUCAUGGAAUGUGCGAUGCGUGGAAUAACUCCGGAGGCCUUGUCGUACGGAAGAGCACCGAAUUCCCAGCUGGCCUCGGGGCCUCCCAACAGUGGUACUGCACGUCGUCCACCGUUCGUGCCUCUACCACAACUUCCACCGACGAAUUUGAGGGAACAGGUGGAACAGACGGCAGCUCAGAGAGGCUUCCUCUUCCUUCCCAUUGCAAAUCGCUUCCACGAGGGCAAACAAGUGUACCGUCUAGAGGCACAGCAGGUCUUUUUCGACCGCAAUGUCGCCUUCUGCUUCAAUUCGUAUGAUUCCGGUUGGCAUCCCGUCUCCUUCAAUGAACUCAUGGCGAUGGCUGAGUAG